AUGUACUACGACUCAUUCUAUGGUACGAUAUGGGAACAACCCGAUUUUGAUGCGAAUCAAACGGCUGAAUCGUUGAAAGAGGCGAUGCAUGGAGUGUUCAGUUGUGACAAGCAGAAAGUUCUCGAUGACAUCGUGCGCAUCAAUAAUGCCCAACGACAAAUGGUUGCUGAGCAGUACGUUACGCUCUACGGUGAAGAGUUACCGCAUAAACUUAAAAAAGAACUUCAUGGAGACCUGGAAGAUCUAAUAACGGCUCUUAUGGAAACUCCAACGAUGUUUGAUGUGACGCAACUGCACAAAGCAAUGCAUGGGCUUGGAACAAAGGAUAAGGUUUUGAUUGAAAUAAUUUGUUCACGAACAAAUGACGAAAUAUGGGCAAUAAGAAGUUUGUACGAGGAGCGUUACGGUAAGACGUUAGUGGACGCAGUGCAGGGCGAUACGAGUGGUGAUUUUGAACGUUUACUUGUGUCAUUGCUUCAAGGAAAUCGUGAUGAUCAGUCGUAUUAUGUGGACGAUUCUAAAGCCAGAGAGGUU